AUGACAGUCUCUUGGAACAUCUCCUUUGGACGAAGUUCCCAAGCAGUUCUCGCUGCAACCCUCACAAGCUUGGGCUGUGGUACACUCUAUGUCUACUCCGCUUACUCGACCCAACUCGCAGACAGACUCGGACUUUCAGCUACCCAGUCCUCCCUUGUAGGCAUGUGUGGAAGUGUCGGUGUAUCAUUGCUAGGAAUUCUCGCAGGAGUGUUGGUCGAUCGUACCGGCCCCUUUUGGCCUACAUUCUCCGGUGGUACUUUACUUCUUACUGGUUACAUGCUCAUCUUUUACUGCUACUAUGCCCGUGUAAGCUUCCUGCCAUUGCUUGCCCUCGGGUCUUCCAUUGCAGGCUUCGGGUCCUCCUUGGGUUACUCGGCUUCCCUCAAAACUGCAGCACUCAAUUUCCCUCAUGCAAGAGGAACUGCAACAGCUUUCCCCAUCUCGACUUUUGGUCUUUCAGCAUUCUUUUUUUCAUCUCUUGGAGCUUUGCUCUUCCCGGGAAAUACUUCAGCUUUUUUGCUGCUAUUGGCUUUUGUCACUUCAGGACUCUCUAUCUUUUGCUCCUUUUUCCUUUACGUCCCACUCACAGGCUAUCACAAGCCUUCGGCCCCACCGCCCAUGACCAUUGCUGACCACCACCACCAAUAUCAGCACCAACGCCAGGACUCUUCCUCCUCCUUUGUAGACGGAACUCUUACACCUUCCGCAGUUAUCUCCAGCAGUUAUGGAUCAACAGCUCCUAGCCCAAGGUUUUCCCCAGUUGCAGCCGUUGACCAGCGCGACAGGCUUUACUCGCAACACUCGCUUGCAACACUCACAGACCAACUCACCUCGCUUUCAGAUGCUCCCAAGUCUCCCCGCAGGCCCUCCUUUUCACCAACUGUUUCGUCCUCGACUUUAUCUACAGCCGUGAAUGCGACCGCAGGGGCUUCUUACAUAGCUACCAAGCCUUCGUCAUCAUCCCCUGAAACAACCCUUCUGGGGAAAGCAGCGACAAAUGCUCAUGAAACCCCUCCUCUAACAAGCCAACUUCAAGCCGGACCCAUCCAUCCUCAGGACGAUAGCCACAGUAUUUCUGGAUGGACUCUUUUGCGCAGAAAGGAAUUUUGGGCCCAAUGCUUUGUUCUUUGUGGACUCGCUGGUACCUGCCAGAUGUAUAUUUAUUGCGUCGGAUAUAUUGUAAGAGCUUUGGCACUCGCCAAUCAAGAAGUUACAGACGAUGUGAGCAUGGCCGUUGCUGCAUCCUCGGUUGAUAGCCAGGUGCAAGCCAUCCAAGCCCUCCAAGUCUCCAUCAUUUCGCUAUCCAGUUUUGGUGGUCGCAUUAUUAGCGGCGUCAUGUCGGAUGUUUUGAACCAACGGCUAGGUUUGCAACGUUUAUGGAUGAUUUUUGCAGCCGCCGUAGUAUGUCUCCUUGUUCAUGCCAUCAUGGCCACAACAAACUUUACAUCACCAGUAUACCUGUGGCUGCUCUCGGCUCUUGUCGGGCUUUCCUACGGACUGGCCUUUGGCGUGUACCCGACCAUUGUCGCAGACACGUUUGGCAUGUUUCGGUAUUCGCAGAACUGGGGGAUGGUCUGCGCAUCCCCAGUUUUGGGCGUGUACCUUUUCAAUUUAAUAUUUGGAAAGAUCUACGACGGCAACUCCGUACAAGUCCCUGGGUCCUCUGCACACACUUGCUUCAAAGGAGCAGCGUGUUAUUCCAAGGCCUUUGAAUAUACAACAAUCUGCUCCGUCUUGUGUUUGAUCACAGUCUUGUGGAUGAUUUGGACUCGUGAGCACCAGCAUCCAAGCAGUAAAUAUAUUCCUCUUGCACCUCCUAUCUUUGAAACUGAAGAUGAUGCCGAUGAGGCAGACGAGCUUACCCAUUCUCGCAUUAUUCCUUAA